AGCCCCAUUUUCUCUACGGAUCGUUCAGAACAAGAAAGAUGAAUUUCUCCCAGCACGACGAAACUGCAGCAGCAGCAAUCAAUGAACACCCAGAAUUAUUUAUACAGAUAGACUCGCCAAUCGAUUUCGAUAUUCAAGACGAAAAUUCUGUACAAAACCAAACAGAUUCUCAAAGGGAUUACGCUGAUUUGUACAGUCACGAUUCAACUUUCCCGGGUGUUUUAACACAAUUGCUGCAAGGUUCAGACACUCUAGAACUCUACAAAAACUGGGAGGAUCCAGAACCAACCACAACUUCUCAGAGCAUCAGGGGGUAUUCUCCAGCAGCCUCUCAGAGCAGCCGAGGGCAUUCUCCGGCACCCAGCCAGAGCAGCCGUGGGUAUUCUCCAGCAGCCUCUCAGAGCAGCCGAGGGCAUUCUCCAGCAGCCUCUCAGAGCAGCCGAGGGCAUUCUCCGGCACCCAGCCAGAGCAGCCACGCCGCUCAUCCCCCAGGUGGGGAACUUUACCGACAUCGCCUCACUCUGAGCGAGGAUCUCGGCGAAGAAGUCGUUAUUCACCCCGAUAUUCCCAUCAGCCUGACCACGACCGGAGACAUCGCGAAAGACUGGUUCUGUUGGGUCAUGCCUGAAAACGGGUCUAGCGGCAGCAGCAAAGAACGCGACAGCAGUGACAGCAGCAACGACAGUGAAACAGACAGCUUCCGUGAACGCGACAGCAGUGACAGCAGCAACGACAGUGGAACAGACAGCUUCCGUGAACAUCCUGUAGGGCGCAAAGAAUCCCCACAGCCUUCUACCUCAGGAAUCUCGGGACCUAGUAAGGCCAGUCUUCAACACCCACCUGUUGACGACUUAAAAGAGCCGGAUACUUCCUCCCCACAUCCUCAGACAGGAUCAGGAGUGACUAAUUCGUCCGGGGUAAACUUGAGUCUCGAAACCAACUCUCCACAGCCAUCUACCUCGCAUACGGUGAAUCCAUCGCCUCCAGAGCCGCCA